CUUCUGACCUGGGCCUUUCCCUGAUGUGGGGAUAAGAACAAGCUCUGGAGGUAGGUGUCCACCUGCACUCAGCUACCAGAUAUAGUCCUGGGGUUGCCGGGGUUUACCCAGCCCAGGGUGGGAACAGAGGCAGCGCCCGGAGGCUGGGCUUGUUUUUAGGAGACAGUGACCAGAGGCCUGCAGUGAGCUGAACAGGGCUUGACAGAAAUCCUAUUACAGACAUGGGUCUAACCCAAAGAUACGAGUGUGUGAGUGUACGAGUCUGUUAGCCUGAGAGGCAGCCUGUGGCGUGUGUGUGCCUGUGUGUGCUACCAUGCAUCAGAGCCUGGGCUCGUGUGAGAGUUAGUUGUGUUGGUGUGUGGCAGUGCUGGUGAGCACGCUCAUGCAAGUGUGCAGUGUGAGUACUGGUGUGUGACUGUGUGCUGCCGUGGGUGCUACUCUAUGUGUUGGUAUGUCAGGUGGAUGUGAGUGCGAGAGGGCUGGUGUGGUGGUGUGUCCUGUCUGGGGGUGGAUGUCUAAGUGAGCUGGGGCUGUGGGAAGGAAAAUGAAGGCAGAAGACACGCUAGGGCCGAGCCCAGGCCCCCUGGCUUCCUGGAGAGGACAGGCGCUGGCAUCUGGCUGCAGGAACACUGGCAGAGACUUCACCUUCCGUGUCCUCUGUCUCGCCUUCAGGUCUCUGGCCCCUCCCAAGGACCAUGCCGCAGCCCCACUGACCCAGGAGUAGGGGCCUGAGGGCAGGGCACGUGGAAUGGGCUGUGUGUUCUGCAAGAAGUUGGAGCCGGGGCCCAAGGAGGAUGUUGGCCUGGAAGAGGACUUCAGGGGCUACGGGGCUGCAGACCGCUAUGGCCCUGCCCCUACUCAGGGCUGGCCUGCAUCCUCCUUCGCCCAUAUCCCCAACUACAACAACUUCUCCCCUCAGCCCGCCAGCCCCGCCUUCCUCAACGGGGGCACCAGCAGGGGCAUCUCAGGGACUGGGGUGACCCUGUUCAUCGCCCUUUAUGACUAUGAGGCCCGAACAGAGGAUGACCUCACCUUCGCCAAGGGCGAGAAGUUCCACAUCCUGAACAACAUCGAGGGUGACUGGUGGGAGGCUCGAUCCCUCAGCUCUGGACAGACUGGCUACAUUCCCAGCAACUACGUGGCCCCUGUGGACUCCAUCCAGGCUGAAGAGUGGUACUUUGGAAAGAUCGGGAGGAAGGACGCGGAGAGGCAGCUGCUCUCCCUGGGGAACCCCCGGGGGGCCUUUCUCAUUCGAGAGAGUGAGACCACCAAAGGCGCCUUCUCCCUAUCCAUCCGGGAUUGGGACCAGGCCAGAGGCGAUCACGUGAAGCAUUACAAGAUCCGCAAGCUGGACACAGGCGGCUACUACAUCACCACGAGGGCUCAGUUCGACUCGGUACAGGAGCUGGUGCAGCACUACCUUGAGGUGAACGAUGGGCUGUGCCACCUGCUCACGGCGGCCUGCACCAUCGUGAAGCCGCAGACGCUGGGCCUGGCCAAGGACGCCUGGGAGAUCAGCCGCAGCUCCAUCGCGCUCGAGCGGCGGCUGGGUACCGGCUGCUUCGGGGAUGUGUGGCUGGGCAUGUGGAACGGCAGCACGAAGGUGGCGGUGAAGACGCUGAAGCCGGGCACCAUGUCCCCGAAGGCCUUCCUGGCGGAGGCGCAGAUCAUGAAGCUGCUGCGCCAUGACAAGCUGGUGCAGCUGUACGCAGUGGUGUCGGAGGAGCCCAUCUACAUCGUGACAGAAUUCCUGUGCCAUGGUAGCUUGCUGGAGUUCCUCAAGGACCGGGAGGGCCAGGGUUUGAGGCUGCCCCAAUUGGUGGACAUGGCAGCCCAGGUAGCUGAGGGCAUGGCCUACAUGGAGCGCAUGAACUACAUCCACCGAGACCUGAGGGCAGCCAACAUCCUUGUCGGGGAGCGGCUGCUGUGCAAGAUUGCUGACUUUGGGCUGGCCCGUCUCAUCAAGGAUGAUGAGUACAACCCCCAGCAAGGGACCAAGUUCCCCAUCAAGUGGACAGCUCCAGAGGCUGCCCUCUUUGGCAGAUUCACCAUCAAGUCAGAUGUGUGGUCCUUUGGGAUCCUGCUCACUGAACUCAUCACCAAGGGCCGAGUCCCCUACCCAGGCAUGAAUAAACGGGAAGUGCUGGAACAGGUGGAGCAUGGCUACCACAUGCCGUGCCCCCCAGGCUGCCCAGAAUCCCUGUACGAGGUCAUGGAACAGACCUGGCGUCUGGACCCGGAGGAGAGGCCUACCUUCGACUACCUGCAGUCCUUCCUGGAGGACUACUUCACCUCCACAGAACCCCAGUACCAGCCUGGAGAUGAGACAUAGCCUGUUUGGGCAUCAACCACCUCUCUGGGGGUGCUCACCAGCCCUUCCAAUCCCCAGGGCUCUUGUCCCAAAGCCCCCCCAGGCCUAGAACCCUAUAGAGUCCUAGCAUGUCAGAGCAAGCAAGUUGCUUUGGCAUCAUCUAGGGCAACUCAUUCAUUUUAAAGAUGGGGCAAAUCAAGGCUCAGAGAUAAUCCCUCACCAACUCUGGCCCCAAGCUCUAUUUCUCCCCUUCCCACUUCUGCCUCUGCAUGCCUCUAGUCUUCCUGUCUGCACUCCCCCACAAAAGAAAUGCUCAGAUCUUGUCUAGUUAUUUAUAAAACUGUAUAUCCUUUCCCUCACUUAUCUCCUGUCCCUGCUUUCCUGCCCUGUCAUCCCACCCUGGUCCUGGCCCCCAGAAUUCACCUCCUACUCAAUUCUCUCAUGUCUGUAUGUUACAAAGAGAGGGAAAGUCUUUGCCGGAUCCCUUUCCUGCUGGGUGGAUUCUGUAGUCCGGGACUGAGGUCCAAGCCCAGGGCGAAGGAGAGUGUUGCUGAGGGCUCAUCACCUCUCUGAAUCAUGUGUGUGUUUACUGAUUUUGUAAAUAAGAAAAGUGACAAUAUGAA